GCAUAAGUCUAGCAGAGUCUCAAGCUAAAGCAACUAACCAAGAUGAAAUUCUUCAUUUUGACCUUUUCUGUUGCCGUGGUGUUGUCAUCAGCAAUUGCUAUACCUGGACUAUUGAAUACUGUUACUGAUGCUGUUGGUAAUACUGUAAAUGGUAUCCAAAACGUUGCUAAUGAUGCCUUGAAAAGUUUCAAUAAUGCCAUCUCCGAGGCAAUUGAGGGUGCAGAUUUGUUUAUAGGGUCAGUUCUGACUCAAGUUGGAAACAUCAUUGAUGAUAUUUCUAGUGGUACUGGAAAAGUCCUAAGUACCACUAUUGAUGCAACUGGAAAUACUGUAGUUGAGAUCAUUGGAGCCACUGGAAAUUCAACGGAAAUCGUCAUUGAUUAUGCGGGAAAUAUCGUGGAAGUUGCCGGAAAAACCGUGGAGUCUGUCAUUCAGUUGCCUGCUAAUAUAAUGUUGGAGAUAAAUUAUGCUCUUAACAAAACAUUAACUGAAUCUCUUGGAGAAACAGGUACUCCCCAACUGCCCUUACCGUUACCACUGUGAUUUGAAUCUGAAUUGCAAUUCAAUUCAAACAUCCAAAUCUCGCCAACCGUCAUUUCCGCAGGGAUUCAGUUAAUGAUCUGAAUGAUGCCACCUUAUAGUGCCACUGAAGAAGAUACAGGACAGGAUAAUUAUAAAAUUUUAACUAAACCUCCAAUUUCUCAACGAAAGUCUUUAUAAUUUGAAUCAGUGAAAUUACGAAAUUGUAUUAAGACGACUAAAGCAAUGUUAAAAGGAAUUAAAUAAACUAUUUUAAGCAAGCAUAA